UCAAAAGCAUUAUGCUGAGUUAAAAAAGAGACAUUCUGGAAAAGACAGAAAUCUAAGGAAAGAAAUCAGAAAAGUGGUUGCCAAGGGCUGGGGAUAGGGGAAGGUGAUCGCGAAGGGUCAGCACAAGGAAUUUUCAGUGUGAUGGGAAUAUUAUACAUUUGAUUAUAGCAGUGGUUACAGGAUGGUGUAUGUUUGUCAAAUAUAUACAUGGGACAAAUAAAAAGGGUGAAUUUUAUUGCACGUAAAUUAUACCGCAAUAAACCUGAUCUUUAAAAAAGUCUCCCAGUUGUACUCUCUACCCUUCUUCUACCCUCACCCUGGUCUGGAUCUCUAAUUCUAGGGGAAAAUGCAAAUCUUUUACCAGCUGUGGGGAGUGCUUGACCAUUUUUGAACAGAGAAAAUGAUAUAAUGGAUUGGCAUUAAAAAUUAAGUCAGUGAGCUUUAAUAAGGAUAUAGAUGAGUGAGGAACAAGAAACUGGCCAAAAGAAAAGCUGGGGGUGGUGUAUUGUAACUGGGCCCUCCAUUGGGGUGUUCUGCGAAGGGAUGGGUUCAUUCAUUCCUUCAAACAUGUAUGGAACGUCUUCAUUGCUGGGCACAGGGGGUGCAACAGCGCCAUCUAUUGAGGAUGUGGGGAUAAGCUGGUAGAGGAGACUAAUAAGCAGCGAUUGAAAAUUGGGAUGCGAGCUCCGAAGCAAAUCAACAGGUGCAGUGACUGGAGGAGUGCAGCGCACUGUGGAUAGAGAACAGGGGUCCAGCAUCCAGAGCAGGGUCGUUGGCAGAAGAUCUGCUGAGAACUGAGGGUAAGGAGGCAUUGUCAGAGGAAGGGAGGAAGGAGAGCUUAACAGCAGAGGGAAUGGUGUGUGAGCCCAGUGUGUUCAGGGCACUGAAGGUCAUCAUGGCUGGGGGGAUGCAAGGGGAAAUGAUAGGUGAUGAGCUUGGAGAGGAAGAGCCCCAGGGCCUGUUGAGGGUCUCCAGCAAUGGGAACUACUGUAGUAUUACAAGCAGGGGAAUGAUAUGAUCAGAUCUGUGAUUUAGUGGUGAGCUGGUUGCAAAAUGGAACCAGGAUUGGAAGAUGGCAGCAGGGAAGCCUGUUAGGAUGAUACUGUUGCAGUCAUCCAGACAAGAGAUGGUAGUGGCCGAGGAGACAGAGAGGAGGGGUUUGAAAGUUAUUUAGUUGGUAGAAUUGUCAGGAUUUGGUGACUGAACGUUGGAACAGAAGGAGAGGCAGAAUGCAGAGAUGGUACCUUGUGGUGGGUGGAUAGAUGGUGAUGCCAUCCACUGAGGGAGAAUAGGUUCAGGGGAAGAGAUCAGGAUGUGUUAGGUGUGAGGUGCCUGUGGGGCAGCCAGGUGGAGAAUUCAGUAGGCUGUUGGACAUAUGACUCUGGAGCUCAGAAGAGCAAAUGUGAGGUCAUAGGAAUGGUUGGGAGUGCCUGCAGAGAGGGCACAGCUAGUGACCACCAGGUGAAAACCCUAAGCCACAGUAUUUAAGGGAGAAAAAAGAACUCACAGAUGAGGCUGAGAAAGAGGGGUUAGAAAGCUAGGAGGUAAAACAAAGGCACAGGAAGAGAGGAAUGGAAAAUUUUUUUAGUGUGUUAAGAGGUCAAGUAAGAUAAGGGUGGGGAAGGAUCAAAUAGAUUUAGCAUCCGUGAGGUGGUGUUCUUGGUGAGAAGAGUUCCAGUGGAAAGACUGAGGCCAAAGCCAGGCUGCAGUGUAAUUAAGAGGUAAGUGGCCAGCAGCCCAGCCCAAUUCCUAAAUAAUACAGACCUCUCAUUUGACAACAAAUAAAGUUCUAAUGGUUCAAAGACUUAAACAUAAAAAACAAAGCAAUAAAAACACUAGGAAAAAUAAAAGAUUUAAAAAAUUUAUCUUAGAGCGGGGAAGACUUUUUUCUAGUAUGGCACAAAACAGAAGCCCCAAAAGAAAAGGCUGAUAAAUUUGGCUACCUUAAGUUUUUUCUUAAGCUGUCACAAAACAACAUAAACUAAUUAAAAUAAAAACCAAGUAAUGAACUAUACAAAUCUUUGAACUCAGAUUUUGGAUGAGGACCAAUUUUCUUAAUAUGUGAAGAGCUUUUACAAAUCAAUAAGAAAAACCCAAUAGAAUAAGAAGGCAAAGGAUAUGAACGUAGUUCUCAAAGAAGGAAACACAAAUGGCUAUUGAACACAGGCACAGACACCCAACCUCAUUCAUCAUAAGAGAAGAGAAAUUUAAACUGGUGACUUUUUUUCAUCUAUUAGAUCAACAGUCACAGAAAAGUUUGGUAACACUUUGCUAUCUGAGAAUUGUGGAGAAACAGGUGGUCUCAUACAUGGCUGGUGGGAUUGUGCCUUUGGACAACCUUUAUGGAGGACAAUUUGGCAAUACCUGUGAAAUAUUACAUACACAUAUACUCUUUAACACAGCCAUUCUGUGUAAAAUGAUGAAUUUCCAAGUUUAUUCACUGUAUGUUUGUAACAGCAGAGAUUGGAACCAUCUUUAUGUGGAACAUUAUGGGCCGAGGAUAUUAAUUAUGUGUAUCCUUACUGGUGUCUGGUCCUAUAGGAAGUUGAGGAGAUGGGACUACAGUUCCAUGAGAGCACAGAUGUAGAUGCCUAUUUGAUAGUCAUUGGUUUAGGCGCAAAGGUCGAAGUGAGAUAGAAUCAGUUCAUCUUAGAAAAGACUGGUUCUGGAAAGAGCUGGAGGUUUUAGAGAGGGAGAUCCCAGGAAGGUUGAGGAAGAGACAGAAAGGAAGCCAAGGUGUUGUGAUGCUCUGGAAGCCAGAGAGGGAGUCUGAGACUCUGCGCAGGGUACAGCCCAAGGAUAGGACACUCCUGGGCCGGAACGACACUGCUGACUUAUGAAUCAACCCUGGAUUUGCCCUUCCACUGGACUUCUUGUGCUGUGGGAGAAGAAACUCUCAGUGUCCUCCUCAGAAAAUUCAAGGGGUUGUAUUUUCUAAUAUUUGAGCUCCGCUUCCCCCUCCAGCCCUGAAGCCCAGACACGCAGACAGCCUUUGACCUUUCUGCGUCGGUCGCCUAGGAGACGAGCGCCUCUCCGGGAGACGCAGGCGCUUCCUGAGGCCACGCCCCUUUCCCGCAGGCGGGCGCUGAUUGGCCCGUUUGAAAUGCGCCGGGCGCGAGCUCACCUGGUCCCGGAGCUGCUUCUCCAGGCUUUUCUGAGCGCCACGCCUGAGCUGCCGAGCGCCGGUGCCCCCGGCCGGUCCCUGCGGCCCGCCGUCCUCGCCAGCCCGCCCGACCGAGUCCGGCGUCCCGCUUGCACGUCUGGGCAGCGCGGAGCCUGCUGCCAUGAAGCCAGCACUCAGUAUUCAUUUAAACAAGUAUUUGGCACUCAUACCACCCAAAAGGAGCUCUUUGAUGUUGUGGCUAAUCCCUUGGUAGAUGACGUCAUUCACGGCAAAAAUGGUCUCCUUUUUACAUAUGGUGUGACGGGAAGUGGAAAAACUCACACUAUGACUGGUUCUCCAGGGGAAGGAGGACUGCUUCCUCGCUGUUUGGACAUGCUCUUUAACAGUAUAGGGUCGUUUCAAGCUAAACGAUACGUUUUUAAAUCUAAUGAUAGGAAUAGUAUGGAUAUACAGUGUGAAGUUGAUGCUUUAUUAGAACGGCAGAAAAGAGAAGCCACGCCCAAUCCAAAGACCCCCUCUAGCAAACGACAAGUAGAUCCAGAGUUUGCAGAUAUGAUAAAUGUACAAGAAUUCUGCAAAGCAGAAGAGGUUGAUGAGGAUAGCGUCUACGGUGUAUUUGUCUCUUAUAUUGAAAUAUAUAAUAAUUACAUAUAUGACCUAUUGGAAGAGGUGCCGUUUGAUCCCAUAAAGCCUAAGUGGAAUAGUUGCAGCGCGCCCAUGAGGAACACAGAUUUUGUACCUCCACAAUCUAAGUUGCUUCGCGAAGAUAAGAACCAUAACAUGUAUGUUGCAGGAUGUACAGAAGUAGAAGUGAAAUCUACUGAGGAGGCUUUUGAAGUUUUCUGGAGAGGCCAGAAAAAGCGACGAAUUGCUAACACACAUUUGAAUCGUGAGUCCAGCCGUUCCCAUAGCGUGUUCAACAUUAAAUUAGUUCAGGCUCCCUUGGAUGCGGAUGGAGACAAUGUCUUACAGGAAAAAGAACAAAUCACUAUUAGCCAGUUGUCCUUGGUAGAUCUUGCUGGAAGUGAAAGAACUAACCGGACAAAAGCAGAAGGGAACAGGUUACGUGAAGCUGGUAACAUUAAUCAGUCACUAAUGACGCUAAGAACGUGUAUGGAGGUCCUGAGAGAGAAUCAAACGUAUGGAACUAACAAGAUGGUUCCAUAUCGAGAUUCAAAGUUAACCCAUCUGUUCAAGAACUACUUUGAUGGGGAAGGGAAAGUACGUCUGAUCGUGUGUGUGAAUCCAAAGGCCGAAGAUUAUGAAGAAAGCUUGCAAGUCAUGAGAUUUGCAGAAGUGACCCAAGAAGUUGAAGUAGCAAGACCAACAGACAAGGCAAUAAGUGGUUUAACGCCGGGAAGGCGAUACAGAAACCAGGCCCGGGGAGGUCCUGUUGGAGAUGAACUGCUGGUUUCAGAAGUGGUUUUGCAGAGUUUUCCACCUUUGCCAUCCUGCGAAAUUUUGGAUAUCAAUGACGAGCAGACUCUUCCCAGGCUGAUUGAAGCACUAGAGAAACGACAUCACCUACGACAAAUGAUGAUUGAUGAGUUUCACAAACAGUCUAUUACUUUUAAAGCUUUGUUGCAAGAAUUUGACAAUGCUGUUUUAAAUAAAGAAAACUACAUUCAAGGAAAACUAAGUGAAAAACAAAAGGUGAUCUCAGGACAGAAAUCGGAAAUUGAACGACUGGAAAAGAAAAACAAAACUUUAGAAUACAAGGUUGAGAUUUUAGAGAAAACAACGACUAUCUAUGAAGAAGAUAAGCGCAACCUGCAACAGGAGCUGGAAACCCAGAAUCAGAAACUUCAGCAACAGUUCUCUGACAAGCGCAGACUAGAAGCCAGGCUGCAAGGCAUGGUGACAGAAACAACCAUGAAGUGGGAGAAAGAAUGUGAGCGUCGAGUGGCAGCCAAACAGCUGGAGAUGCAAAAUAAACUCUGGGUGAAAGAUGAAAAACUGAAACAACUGAAGGCUAUCGUUAUUGAACCCAAAACUGAACGGCCAGAGAGACCCUCUCGGGAGCGCGAUCGAGAAAAAGCUACUCGAAGAUCUGUUUCUCCAUCACCAGUACCGCCUUCUAGUAACUGUAUUGCUCAGAUUUCCAACGGCCAGCAACUCAUGAGCCAGCCACAGCUACAUAGGUGCUCUAACUCUUGCAGCAGCAUUUCUGUAGCUUCCUGUAUUUCGGAAUGGGAGCAGAAAAUUCCUUCGUACAACACACCUCUCAAUGUCACAUCUAUUGCAAGGCGUAGGCAGCAGGAGCCAGGACAAAGUAAAACUUGUACCGUGUCAGACAGAAGGCGAGGGAUGUACUGGACUGAAGGCAGGGAGGUGGUUCCUUCACUCAGAAAUGAGAUAGAAAUAGAAGAGGAUCACUGCAGCAGGAAUGUAGCACCAGUUCGUCUGCGACACAGACGAUCACGCUCUGCGGGAGACAGAUGGGUAGCUCAUAAGCCUGCCUCUAACCUGCAAACUGAGACAGUCAUGCAGCCACAGGUCCCUCACGCCAUCACUGUAUCUGUUGCAAAUGAAAAGGCACUAGCUAAGUGUGAGAAGUACAUGCUGACCCACCAGGAACUAGCCUCCGAUGGGGAGAUUGAAACUAAGCUAAUUAAGGGUGAUGUUUAUAAAACAAGGGGUGGUGGACAAUCCGUCCAGUUUACUGAAAUUGAGACUUUGAAACAAGAAUCACCAACUGGUCGAAAACGAAGAUCUUCCACAAUAGCACCUGCCCAACCAGAUGGAACAGAGUCUGAAUGGACCGACGUAGAAACAAGGUGUUCUGUGGCUGUAGAGAUGAGAGCAGGGUCUCAGCUGGGGCCUGGGUAUCAGCACCACGCACAACCCAAGCGCAAGAAGCCAUGAAUUGACAGUCCCAAUAACAAAAGAACAUUUUCAUUAGUGUUGGUGAUUUCUCCAAAGCAAUGCCAGGAGUCUUCUGAACGAAUCAUCUUAUAGAACUCCAGCUUUGUUGAAUACCACAGAUCUCAGAUGUCAUCAUACACUGGCCUACAUAAAGAUUCCCCUACGGCUCCAAAGAUAUCUAGGAUUCUACAAACUUUUUAUAUUAUACACCUUGCCAUAUUUAAUAUUAAUAACAGAGAAAGACACCUUUCUCAUGCCGUAUGAACUUUUUUAUAAUGCUAUUUUUUGUAUAUUUCUUGUAUACUUAUAAACUAAUUCAUGCAUGUAUUUGUCUUGGCUGAUUAAGAAAGAAUAUAUCUAGAUCACGCUUUG